CGCAUGUGAAUGUUCGGAAGCUCCAUGCAAUGCUGUAAAAAUGUCCACGAAAAACACCUUGUAUGCUGGAAACACUUCCCAAGUAGAAUCUCAGUCUUCACCGAAGGAGGAGCUCAGUAAGAAGAUCAAGGAGCAAAAGAUUUUGGUGGACGAGCUGUCUAACCUGAAGAAAAACAGAAGAGUCUACGUUCAACAGCCCAACAGCAAUAUAUUCUUUUUAUCUGACAAGAGAGAGACACUGAACACGAGUAAAAAGACACUGGAUGUCAUGAGAAAGGAUUACCAGGACAUGUAGAAGUUGUUGUGACGGCAAUCAGAUCACUGAAGAGAGA